GACGCCACCCUCUGCAAGUCUUCAUCGGGCUCUUUGCCAGCGACGAGCAUCAACCAGCAGGUCAUCUCUUCAUUACUGAAAAGAGUUUAGCCACAACAGCGUCAUUAUGAGGAAUUCAGAGCUGCAUGGGGAAAUUGCCAAAGGAAGAAAAGUACAAAAAGUUUCACUUUGGAAUCUACCGAUGGAUAUUUUAUCAAGGAUCUUGUCGUUGUUGCCAAUAAAUGAAGCUAUAAGGACAAGUGUAUUGUCAAGAAAAUGGAAAUAUGUUUGGUGCAGCCACAGCAACCUAACUCUUAAUAAAGGUACAAUGAGGAAACCUUAUGUCAAGACCUCGACUGGUUAUCGAUGGCUCAGGGAUAAUGAAUUUAUUACAAGAGCUGAUGCAGUCCUGCGUCAACAUAGUGGAAUGGGCGUUGAGCGCAUGGAAAUUAAGUUUGGAUUGCACAGUAAGCAUGCAGACCAUAUUGAUAGAUGGGUUAACUUUGCAAUUGCGUCGAAAACAAAGGAAUUUGUGAUUGAUUUAUCAGGUUGGGAUAAGAGCAUAUUUUUCUCAAAAUUGUCAGCUGGCAAUCAUCGGAUAGUCAGAGAACCACCGUAUAAUUUGCCUUCACAGCUUUUCAGCCCCAGUUAUGGUUCAUCCUUGCGGUGUCUGGAGCUUACGACCGUGUCUCUGCAGAUACCUGCUGAUUUCAAAGGAUUUCUUAACCUCAAGAGUCUUAGUUUAGUAGAUGUGAGUAUUACAGAUGAAGAGGUUCAGUGUAUGCUAUCCAAAUGCAAUCUUCUGGAGUUUUUGGAUAUUUCAUUUUGUAAAACAGUUACUAGCAUACGAAUGCUUCAUCCAUUGGACCAGCUUAAGCAUUUGGUCAUAGAUAUCUGCCCAAAACUGCAAGAGAUAGAGCUAAACUGUAGUCUAACAACACUCAAAUACAGUGGUAAUAUGAUUCCAUUGAUAUUUGCUUCAACAUCCAGGUUGACAAAUAGUAGUAUUGUGUUCUUGACUUAUGGAUCUGCUCUUUCCUACAUCGCCACUGGAUUCCCCAGCACUUUGCCAAGGCUUGAGACUCUGAACUUACAUUGUGCAGAGCGUGAGAGAACCAUUGUACCUGAAGGGCCGUUCAAAUUUACUUAUCUUCGUAAUUUGAGGUUGGAAUUAUUUCUCCCUGGCCAUGAAAAUAUCAGAAAGACUGAUGUCCUUGAUUAUGCUCAUCUUCUGAAGAUAGCUCCUUUCAUGGAAACAUUGGAGUUGUCUGUAAGUUUACUUUUCCUUGUACAUAUUUCACAUGUGACAAUUUUGUUUGUUAAAAAAUGCCAACGACAAUAAAAUUACAAGAAUGGUGAUUCAUUUAUGUUGCCUGUUGGGCAGUUGGUAAUGGUAGGACUGUAGGAGUGCCUAGUGACAUGUAGUAGUUUAUUUAGUGUGUGUUUUUUUUAUUGAACUGAAUAUAUGAUUCUGCAUU